AUGGGGAUGAGGGUUCUUGCUGCGUUGAAGUGCGCUUACAGAAACUACGGCAGCAGCAAGACCCCGGCGGCGCCCCCUAGGAAACCCGCUCCGGGCAAGGAGCCGCGCGAGGCCGGGAGCAAGAAGGACCGCCCGAAAGGCGCCAGGGCCGCCAGGACCUCCACCAGGACCCGCCAUUUGCAGUGGACCGAGGAGCAGACCCGAAUCAUAUCGGCGGUUUCCGGCGGCCAGUCCGUCUUCGUCACCGGGUCGGCCGGCACGGGGAAGACCGCCCUGCUCAAGCAUAUCAUCAAGCUGUUGAAGGACUCGCUGGGCCGGUCCAGGGUUUUCGUGACUGCGUCCACCGGGGUGGCCGCCUGCGCGCUCCGCGGGCAGACCCUGCACUCCUUCGCGGGCAUCAGGAACCCCAGCCACAGAGCUUCGGCUUUGGACAUUUACAUGGACAAGAAGGCGUGCAAGAGGUGGAAGAAGGUCCGGGCCCUGUUUAUAGAUGAGAUCAGUAUGGUGGACGGCGAGCUGUUCGACGAUCUUGAAUGUAUUGCUAGAGAGGUGCGGGAAUCGGGCGAGACUUGGGGAGGGAUUCAGCUCAUCGUGACCGGGGACUUCUUGCAGCUGCCGCCGAUACCAAGAAAUGGGAAUUGCAUGUCGAGGAAACAAUUCGCUUUCGAAGCCGACUGUUGGCAAUCAAGCUUCGACUUGCAGAUUGAGCUUACCAAAGUAUUCAGGCAAUCGGAUGAAAGGCUCGUUAAGGUGCUUCAGGGCAUAAGGAAAGGCCAGAUCAGUCCUGACGACUGGGAAUUCCUAGAAGAAUCUUGUGCAUCCGAUGAGCCAGAUCCUUCCGUUGUUCAGCUAUAUCCACGGAACGAGGAUGUCAAUGAGGUGAACAAUUCCAGAAUUGAAGAGCUGGCAGCAGAGGGCUAUUUCUUUACAGCAGCCGAUAGCGGCAGUGAUCCUUGGAAGAGGCAAGUCCAGCGGGGCAUGGCGCCUGAUGAGAUCUUUCUCUGCAAAGGCGCCAGGGUGAUGCUGAUAAAGAACAAGAACACUUCGCGUGGGCUCGUGAACGGUGCUGUCGGUACAGUAGUUGAAUUUGUGAAGCCACAGGAUAGGGACGUCUCCGAACUAUGUUCCGAAGGUGUCUUGCCAGUGGUGAAGUUCGAUUCCGGCAGGACAGUGGUUAUCGAGCUGGAGACGUGGUACGUGGUGGAUGGAGAUUCCGUGGUUGCUCAGAGGAAGCAGAUUCCCCUCAUACUGGCUUGGGCUCUAAGCAUCCACAAGUGCCAGGGCAUGAGCCUGGACAGUCUCCAUACUGAUCUAACCAGGAGUUUCGGGUACGGGAUGGUUUAUGUCGCUCUGUCCCGAGUGAGGAGCUUGAGCGGGCUCCAUUUAUCUGGCUUCGAUCCCACCAUCAUCAAGGCGCACCCGAAAGCGCUGGAGUUCUAUGAACGUCUAGCUCAUCAGCACAACAAAAGGAGCGAGGAUGACGGCUCAAGCGAGGAAGAGCAUGGUUGCAGUGACUUGGUUGAUCACUCUUCCUGA